GCUUUGACCAUGCGGGAAAAGUAAUUAUAGGUGGGGGUGGAGGCGUUGAAAGAACUGGCGUAAAGAACAAACUGGUAUUGUACAAAGUGAAUGAAAAAAUCUUGGAAAAAUCAUCUGAAACUCUUGAAAAAGAUGAAAAAAUUUUAGAAAAAUUAUCUGAAUUAGAACUAGAAGAAGGCGAUGAUUCACCACAAUGCAUUGCUUUUCACAGUGAGGAAAAUAUUAUUUCUUGUGGUAUCAAUAGCUCAUUAGAAAAAAUGAAGACCGGUGAAAAUCAAAAUUGUCGAAUUUUUAGAUAUUCAGAUGAAAGAAUCGAAUUAAUUAAUACAACGCAAACUAUUAGAGUAGAUAUUAAUGAGGAUUAUUAUCAGAAAGCUACUGCAUUCAAUCAUAAUGGUAAACUAUUGGCAACCGGUGGCUCAGAUAGUAAGUUGACGGUACUUAAAUAUCCAUCACUAGAUGUAGCUUUUCCGCCAGUGAAUUUUGAUAAACAAGAAAUAUAUGAUGUUGAUUUUAAUUCAACUGGUGAUCAGGUUGCAGUUGUAUCUGAGAAACUUCUUCGAAUAUUAUCCACAAAAGAUGGUGAACGUAUUCAAUCUAUAGAGCGACCCACAUUUCAAAAAUCGUCACAGUGCAAAUUUAGAGCAUGCAGAUUUGGCAAAGGGUCAUCUGAGGGAUAUCUUUUUACUGUGGUCAAUUCGAUUUCUAAAUUCAGAGCAUUCAUCGUUAAAUGGGACGUUAAAACUUGGAAUAAAGUUUUAUUAAAAGCUGUUUCCAGAAAACCGAUCACUGCAUUUGCAGUAAGUAAUGAUGGAAAUUUAUUAGCGUUUGGAAGCUCCGAUCAAAGUGUAUCAAUUUGUGAUACACGAACAUUUAGGAUACUGCUUACUGUGCCUCAUUUACAUGAGCUUCCAGUAACUACGUUAGGCUUUAAUAGUGACUCUACGUUAAUUAUAUGUGGUUCUGCUGAUCAUUCGGUUAAUAUUAUGCAGCUUCCAGAAAAUUUUGAUUCAGGUAUCGCAAAUAAAACUUGGCUAUUUGUAAUAAUAGUUGCUAUUUUAUUUGCAUUUAUCUACCAAAUGUAUUUAUUAGGAGAAUAA